AUGUUUGAAAGAAUCCGCGGAAAAUCGCCAUCAGGCCAUUCAAAACACGACUCCGGCGAUAUCCACCAAGGCAGUCCUCUCUCCAUCCCCGGACCACCUUCCUACGCGGCCUCCUCCUCCACACCAGUACCUCCCUUCCAAACCCGUUUCGCAUCUCUCUCCCUCCACAUGGAAGACCGUAUCCGCUUCCUACGCUUCCCAGAGCCCGUCAUCUCCGCCUGCCGAAGCGCUAUCCUCUCAAACUGGCCCCAAGGCAUCUCCUCCGAGCGGCCCUACGCAAACUCGCACGAAAUCAAGCUUGACGGCUACCCUUGGCGCGGCUUCGGCAAAGACGCAGCGCAGGCACGGAGGCUCGUAAAAGGCGUGCUAUCAACGCUGCAUGCGAACGGCUGGAUCCUAACGCUUACCACGGACGUCAGUAAGACGGCAACGGACAAAGAUACGUUGCUCUUCCGCCACCAGGCCCCACCGCCCGCGCGCCACGAGUGGUGCAGUAUAGCGUUUUCGCGUCAGAGCCGACUAAGAUUUAUUGACUGUCCGCCUGAGUUGUAUGCGAGUUUGCCGCAGAGGAUAGGGAGUGAGUGGCUCAAGGGGCAGAGCGAGUAUGCGCCUGGCAUUUGGGAGUUUGAGCUGCAUGGUUAUCCGUGGUCGCCAACGGGCAAGACGACAAUGCAGGUUAGGGAGUUGCUUAUGGCGCUGGUGGAGAUGCUGGAGGAGGAGGGAUGGAGUGUGUAUGCGAGUAUUGAUCAAAAGAGUAGUGGCGGACAGGGGACGAGUGAGACGGAUACUUGGUAUUGCUGUAGAAUCAAAGGGUGGGAGAAGGGAAUGCCGGUUUACUGGAGGUGA